AAAAAAACACACACACACAAACCCAGAACACUCUGAAACACAAACUCAAUUUAUCUACUCUAAAAAACUCAAAUCUUAAAACAAUUUAUUCUUCUCAAACUCAAAUCACUAUCUCAGACAUACAGACCGAUAAACAACCCCCAAACAACGAUUAACCCUUCUUCUUCCUCCUUCCGCCUCAACAUUUUCAGGAACUAUAAACAGAGUAAGGGAUAGAGAAGGAGACAAAACGUGAGAAAGAGAUAGAGUUAGCAAUUCAAUUCAAUUGCGUUCGAAUUAUUUUUCGAAGAAUUUGGUGUUUUAAGUUGAAGCUAGACGUGAAAGAAUUAGCAAUUCAAUUCAAUUGCGUUCGAAUUAUACCUUAUGUUCGCAACAUUGCUUUAUAAGAAAUCAUAAUGUCUUCCCACACCCCAAUACGAUUCAACACCACACCACUCUCAACCUCAUUCUUCAAAUCUAAAUCAAUUUUCUUAGAUGAGUGGUGGCUUUUGAAGCCUCAAAAUCAAUGCAAGGGUUUAGCUGUUGGUGGUGUUGCUUCAAUGGAGAGAGACAGAGUGUUUUUGUCCACUGUGAUUGCAAAGAGACAUGAAGCCAAUGUUGUAGAGACUGAAGAUGGCAUCACUAUAGUGUUUCGUGGUUUCAUCAACGCCUCUCAUACAUCUCAAAAUGGUUUUUCCUCUGAGGUAUGUCAGCAGUUCUUGGUUGGAUUUCCUCACGAUUGGAAACACUAUUCAGCUCAUAGUUCAGGAAAUGCAUGUGAACAUGUGGAUAGUGUUACUUGUUUUGACGACUCAAAUGUUUCUUCUCACAAAAAGACAGCUGAUGAGAUUUCACAGGAAGCUAUGGAAGCUGAAGAUAACGGCAAUAUUGCGAGUCAUGAGUUGUCUGAACCGCAGUUUGACAUAAUUUGUUGUGAAAAUGGAGUCUCAGAUAUUCUCGAGUUAAAUGCUUCUUUCCCCAAAAAGACAACUGCUGAAACUUCACAUGUAGCUAUGACUGCUGAAGAUAACAGCAAUGUUUCUCAACAGCAGGUUGAUGUGAUUUAUAAAGGUGAAAAAGGAGUCUCAGAUGUUGCUACAACAGAAAGUAGUCAAUCUUUGACGGGUGUGUUGGAUCCUGUCUCAUGUGCAAGGCUUUUGGAGAAAAGCAGUUUUAAAUCUCCACUUCCCAUAAAGAAAUUGGAAUUUGACCAAUUAUCAGGGGACGGCAAGGAGAAGAGACGUGUCAAGCGGAAGAUUGUAGAUAAAGUAAUGUGUUUUAGUUCUCCUGUUAGAAGAUCUCCCAGGCUACAUAAUUGUAAAAAAAUGAGAUGAUUUCAAUUAUUCCUGUUGAAUUUUGGUACUAACUGAACAAUUAUUUGGCUUGAUUGUGAAGAUACAUAGGUGUAUUUGUCAUAGGAUUUCGGAGCCUCCAGAAGCAUAUUCUAUAACUUUUUAGAGUUUGCUUCUUGUAUUUACCCCUUAUUUUGGGUUGUGAAUUAAGGGUAUCUUCAGUGGGUGUACAUAUGCAUAUCUGAUAUGUUUAUUGAUUUUGUGAUGGUUGAUGUUGUUACAUUUUUCGGGAUCAACUACUUUGAUCAUGCAUUCCUUAAC